CUAUAACAUGUCUAUCGUUGUUACCAAAUGCCCAGAAAAGUAAUACAUGCUCGUAGGAUUGACACCAGCAGUGAACGUACCGGACUCUUAAACUUACUGUACUGGCUGAACACCAGACCCGGAUUAUACCCCGCAUGCAGUCAUUGAAAUUUCAACUAGCUACAAAUUGCAGCGUCCAUGGAGCUUGAUUAAAUCGACUACCGGUACAUGUACUGUAUGGCAAAAGAUUUCGGCAUUGAUGGAACUGUCCCGUCGAGCGGCCCCCAAUUGGCUGCACAGACGGGGACUGCCUCAGUUAAUCGGAGUAAAUUGGGCCUUGCUGUGAGACGGUCUUGUGUUGACGUUCCCAUCUAUCCGAUUUUCGUCACCUCAAUUACGCUGGCCGCCUUAUUCUUAAGCUGUUUCAGCAUUGCAAAAGUUCGCGUCUACAAUAAAUCAGAACAGUCGGCAGCAGACGGCGUGGCUCGGUUCAUUUCCCUAGUGCAGACGCGCUUGUCACUGUCCGCGGCCAUGUCGGGCUCCCUACCUGGCUACUAUCCGCCAGCCAUCGUGCCUCCUUCGCCUCCAAGUCUCCCACCACCACCUCCGACGCCGCUAUCGCUUCUAUCAUAUCCUACACAUCCAUAUUCCCCAUUGCCACCAGCUCCUCCAGAACCGCCUCUAACACCUCCGGAUCCUCCGUCUCCAGAUCCUCCGUCUCCGGAUCCUCCGUCUCCGGAUCCCCCAUCCCCUCCACCUCCGCCGUCACCAUCACCCUUUCCUCCCGGUGCUGACGUCAGCUAUUGGAGCCGCGGCGCCAGCAUACCCGAUGGCCGGUCGGGACAUGGGGUCAUCGCGUACGGCAAGUAUGUGUACGUGAUGGGAGGUACAAAUUCCCGCGCAAUCACGGUCAACUACUUUUGGCAGUACGACACGGAGACGGGGCUUUCGCAGGACCUUAAGACGCUCCUUGACCGCAGGGCGCAUUUUGCUCACGUGCUGUUAGAUGCCAAGAUCUAUGUGAUAGGCGGGGCCGUCGCGGGGAACACCACCAUGGUGUACGACAUAGCUACCCGCGAUUGGAACUGGACUGGCAGUCUCAACAAGUACCGCGCUUAUGCAUGCGCCGCUGUCGUGAGCGGCAAGGUUUACGUGAUGGGCGGGGCCGACCGGAAUAAUACCGUCCUCUCCAGCGUGGAGCAGCUGGAUCCCGCCACCGGGGUGUGGAGGCUGCUGCCGGACAGCAGCAACAUGGCCAGUGCGCGGUCUGGUGCAGGUUGUGCUGUGGUGGAUAACUACAUCUACGUUGCAGGGGGAUUUGAUUUGAACGGAUCACGGGUCGCUACCGUAGAGCGGUUCGAUCCCUCCUCCGGAAUCUGGACCCCCCUGGCCCCCAUGGCCACCCCGCGGAGGUUAUUCGGCAUGACAGCGCUGCGCGGCGGCCGCAUCUUGGUGGCGGGAGGCGACAUCGUCAACCCCGACUGGACGCCAACAGCCCCUUCUGCUGCCAUUGCCGAGGUGGAGGAGUACAGCGUGGCAGACAACACGUGGGUGCGGAGGGCGCCUCUGCCGCAGCCGCUCUACAGCUUUAAAAUGGUAACUGUGUCAGGCAUGGCUUACACGUUCGGCGGGCUCACCACUUCUUUCGUGCCAGCCGACGGGGACACCCCCAGUCGCACCUCUGUCACCCCAGUUCUCGCGGCAUACACCUUCCAUCCCAUGGAGAACCCGCCACCAUCCCCAACCCCGUCUUCUCCGUCGUCCCCUCCUCUACAGCGGCCACCUCCAACACCUUCGCCUGAGCCCCCGCAUAGCUAGCCCGCCGCACAUGGCAUGGGAUCUGGAUGGGCUGGAAACUAACGGAGGCGGUGCCAGGGCUCGGCAGCAGCGCUUGGCGGAGUGCAAGCCCGGGAUCGCACUGAUCAGCACCCCCAGCCAGAUGCGUGCUCGCUGGCCGGAGGGUCAGGGAGCUGAUGGCGUCAGCUGGAGGGUCGGGUCAUGAAUCAGCCAUGCAUGCGUGCAUGGAGGGGCUCUUGAUGGCUGGGCCGCGCAGGGUGGUUGGGGGUUUACCCAUUCCUCAAGGAAUUGCGGCCGUGCCCUUUCAGCUAUGUUCGGGCUAAACGACUUGAACGGGCGAGCAGGAGACACCUGCGGCUGGGUUAAUCCUUAACAUCAUGGCUUACUGUUGAUGUAGUAGCAAAGCAGCAGUACCGUGUCGGGUUUCUGAGGCUGCUUUUCUCUUCUUAGAAAUGGUAUACUUAGCAUUAGGAUCGAGUGGCCAACGUUUGCGUAUCCUCAUGUAUGUGGUGCGAUUAAGGGCAGAGAGGGGAUGUUUGGGUUUGUCAGUAUGACAUGUAGCAGGUAAACAGGUUUCGGAAGAUAGGAGACUGUGUCUUGGCUUGCUUGCUUACUUUGCUGGCACGACACGCAAGAUCAGAAGUGUUGAUGCAAGUAGCCUUUUGGCAUGGCAACGUUAAAAUGCAAACAAGUAGAGCUGUCAAUUUUGGACAAUGAUUGUGUCCUUUCUCCACGCGUCAGCAUGCUGCGGCAGCUAUGUGUGUAUGCUUGCAAGGAAUGAAUAACGUGGUUUAUGUCUAAGUGUGAUGCUAGGCUGGAAAACGUGUACCGGUACAUAGCCGGUUGAAAGUAACUUGCUUCCUGUUGCUAUGAAGCGGUAGGGUCGACAGCAGGCAGGGGGCCGUGCAUUGAAUGGAUGCAGCCUUUGGGGGGAAACUGUUCGCCAAUGUUCAUUUGAGACGUUGUGCAUUUGUUACAGGACAGAGUGGCUGUUUUGCUAGCGGAUCGAGCACCUCUCGGCAUCAUUGUCCCCGAGCUCGCAUGGUUCUAGACUUCUUCUCCUGUGGUGCUUACUGUAGAUUGGUCAGUUUGGGGAUUGAACCAGGUCCUCUGGUCGCACUGGCAGAUUUGCUGUGGGCCACGCCUUGAAUGGAUGUACGGCACUGCGUUCGGGGGAUCCUUGC